AUGGCCGGAUAUACGAAGGAUCCUCCGCUGCGCCCCGGGCCUAAUUCCUCAUCUUUCCCAGCAACUGGAGCCGAAGAUGUGGUUGAAUGGCACCCUUUAGACAAUCGCAAAAAGUUAUGGGCCCCCAGGGUCAAAACGGGUUGCCUCACGUGCAGGAAACGACGCGUCAAAUGCGACGAGACAAAACCAGCGUGCCGAAAGUGCAUCAACGCUCAGAAAGAAUGUGCAUAUCCCCGACCCCCGCCGCCGGCAUCGGCCGUACGCCGCUCGUUAUACCCAGCGCCAGUGAUUGGAACAGCACAGGAGCUGUCGCUGAGCAGGCACUUCCUCGGAAAUGUUAUUACAUUUCUCUCCGAUGAAUUCAAUGGAGAACUCUGGCGCUAUGCGUUGCCGCAGGUGAUGCACAAUGUCGAGGCAAUCUGGCAUGGUAGCAAUGCUAUCGCCAGUUUGUCAAUGUCGCAUAGGGUCACUAACGACGGGUCGGCUAAAGAGAGCACACGACAAUAUUCGAUGUCGAUGAAGCAUAUCCUCGAGAUAACACAAGCGCCUUCGAUCACGCCCAAGAACAAAACCAUCGUCAUGCUGGCAAAUGUUCUUUAUGGGAUUUAUGCCUUGUUCAACGGAGAUACAGUCGCUAACAUGGCUCUCCAUGAGAAAACCCGUCGCCUGAUUCGACACUGGAAAUUCUGGGAAUGCACCGAGUCUUCGUCGAUGUCGAAUUUGUCAAUGCAGCUGCUGCAUCAUUUUCUUAAAUCCAGCACAUUGAGGCAAGGGGCCUUGUUUAUUUCUUCCGAGCCCCCCAGCCAAACCUGGCUCGAGGCCAUUAUAUGGUUUCAGGAACGACCACUGGGCUCCAUUAUCCAAGCAUACGUGGAGUUUGAGAUGAUAUGGACCAGCCUACGGGCAACAUUGGAUAAUCUGCCCUUUCGACCGACUAAGAGGGAUAUCAUGGUCGCUUCUGCCGGCCGCACAGUGCUUCGUCGGCACUUUGAGAGAUGGGAGAGACGAUAUAGAACCUUGAGGUACACCAAUCCGCCCAUCUCCUUACAUGUCUACAUAUUCAACGUACGCUCUAUACUGGCAAACAUCCUGUUUAAGCUGGAUCUCGACCAGACCGAGCAACUCUGGGACGAAACUUGCUAUGAUGCCUGUGAUGCCGAAUUCACUAAAGCUUUUCUUGCUCUCGAGGAGGCACUCGGAAAAGAAAACAAGGCAACGCGCAGGGCAGAGUUUGACACGCAGUUCACACCGUCGCUCUACAAAGCGCUCACCUUCAUCGCCAAGGCAUGCCGGCGACCAGUCCUUCGGCGUGAUGCCAUCACGCUUCUGCGACACUCCCUCACUGUCGCACAAGGUCGGCUGUCCAACAUUUCGGGAAAUCCCGUCAUGGAGUUUGUCGCCGAUCAAAUCAUUGACUUGGAGGAGAUUGCGUGGAGGGACGAGGCCGCUCGGGACGAUUGCGGAGAAGGCUCGAAAUGUGUCAAGGAUAAGUUUGUCUGCAACAUGCACCGCGUCACCAGAGUGCUUGCGCCUCGCGAGAUCCCGGAGAGAAUCGUUCAUUAUACUCUUUUGACGACUAGGGAUGUUGUGAACAAUAAACCGGGGACUGAUGUCUCCCGGCUGGAUUUCAAAUGCGUUUUGGCCAAAAUAAACAGAACUGGGCGAUAUCUAAUCAACGCUCCUACAGUAGUAGAGCCCUUCCCACAAGGUCUCAUCAGCGUGGCUUACUACGCACAACUACCACGGUGA